GAUCUCCAACCUAAAUUAUAACACCCUGAAAAACAGCUUGGAAAUGCGGGCAGGAGUAAAUUAACUCCAGCUGUGAAUUAUUAUUGUCGGCUUGUUGGAAAUAUUAUUUCUAUUAAUAAUAAUGGAUGACCUAUAAAAAAAAGAAGCGAAAGAACAGAAUCCCAGACCUUAUCUUGCAUUCCGUUUUGCCCAAGGGUUCUUUGGAUUGAAGCCCUCGCUUUUGCAAAUUGAUUCAAACCACAGAAAUUUACAGACUCUAUAAACCCUAGAGCUCGAAGAAACACUGCCAUGGCCUGUGUUACACCCCAUCUAUGUGAUCACCCUGCGAGGAAGCGGCGGAAGCUGACAUCGUCGUGGGAUGUGCUUCCAUCGGGUCAUAAGGCUCAGGAAACCCUAGAUUUUAGCGGGCAGGUUGUUGCAAACAUAAAACAGGAUGUGAAUGCAGCAGAACCACCCCUUCUCGCUUUUUCUGUGAAAUCUAAAGGAAAUCAACAGCUUUCUCAAUAUUUAUCUCCUCCACGGCGUCAAGAUGACAAAGAAGGCCAUUAUGUGUUUGCUCUUGGAGAUAAUUUGACCUCUCGAUAUAAAAUACUCAGUAAAAUGGGUCAAGGUGCAUUCGGACAGGUCUUGGAAUGUUGGGACAGGAAAUCAAAUGAUAUUGUAGCCAUAAAAGUCACCCGUGGAUUACAGAAGUUCCAAGAGGAAGCAAUGAUGGAAAUUAAUGUGCUCCAUGAAGUUGGCAAGCACGAUAAAACUGGCAAGCGUUGUGUGCAAAUGCGGGAGUGGUUUGAAUAUCGGAAUCACACUUGUAUUGUUUUUGAGAAGCUUGGACCAAGCUUAUAUGAUUAUCUUAAAAAAAACAAUUAUCGCCCCUUUCCUAUUGAUCUUGUCCGAGAGAUUGGAAGACAGCUUCUGGAAUCAGUAGCAUAUAUGCAUGAUUUGAAACUUGUCCAUACGGAUUUAAAGCCUGAAAAUAUACUUUUUGUUUCUUCAGACUUUGUGAAGAUUCGAGAUUACAAGGGUUUAAAGAGGUCAGCACAAAACAAUUUCAUGCAUUUGCCACAAUCGAGGGAAAUAAAGUUAAUAGAUUUUGGAAGUGCGACAUUUGAGGAAGAAGAGCAUACAAGUGUUAUCUCAACCAGGCAUUAUCGAGCUCCUGAAGUUAUUUUGGGUCUUGAAUGGAACUACCCUUGUGAUAUUUGGAGUGUUGGAUGCAUACUUGUGGAACUUUGCUCGGGAGAUACAUUGUUUCAGACACAUGAAGACUUGGAACACCUUGCAAUGAUGGAGAAAGUGUUUGGGCCGUUGCCUAGAAACAUGAUAAAGAAAGCAGAUGGUAGACAUGCAAAAUAUUUUAGACAUGGAAAACGGUUGGAUUGGCCAGAAGGAGCAUCUUCUAGCAGAAGCAUUCGAGCAGUGAGGGAAUUGUCAAGUUUAAAGAAUUUGAUCUUGCCUCAUGUAGAUCACUCAGUUGGUCUCCUUAAUCUUAUAGAUUUGCUGCAAUCUCUUCUAAAAUUUGAGCCCAUGGAACGACUGACAGCUCAAGAGGCUUUAAGACAUCCUUUCUUUACAGGGGAUUCUGUGAAAAUGGAAAACAUUCAAUGCAAUUUACAAUGAUCCGAUAAAAAAAUGGAAGUCCUUAAAGGGGAACAUGUAAUUGGCCGUGCAGUCACAGUGUUAAGUUGGCGAGCAGUCUUUCCAAUCUUUGUCGACAGAUGCCUUUUAGAUGUCCAGUGUUUUCAUGGUUGUAAAUCUCGUUGUAAAUAUGUAUAAUACCAUUCCUCAGAAGCAGAGGCAGAAUUUGCUCCAUUACAGGUUGCUUGCACAUGGGAUGCAUUUGCUUGUGAAUUAAAAGAUCAGCUUCCUCUACUUCAGACAUUCUGAUCUCAAAUUGAUCAAAAUAAGUCCUAGAUUGUCUGGCAGUUGGACCAGUUGGUGAUCCUGUUAGCCUCGCAUGAACAAUGAAUCGAGGAUAUUGAUACCAAUUUGCUGCUGAGCUGCAAAAUAUAGAAAAGUGAACAUAUUUAAUGUCAAACACCUGGCAUUUAAUCCAUGUAUGUGUUGAAGCAAAUUUUAGUUUAAAAUCUUUCAUCAAAUUUCAAAGGAAAUUUUGUGACCUCAAAAUAUUUGUAUCUAUUAAGCUUGAAUUCGCUUGCAAUUUCAAAUGAAAAAUUGGUAUAGCACACUACUAAGCCACAGGGAUUUUCUUUUAGCAACUGAUGAUGGUGAAUGUAAUAUAUAGCAUGGGUGUGAAUUUUUUCGUAAUUAUGGAUUUUGAACUAGAGUGA